CACUAAAUCCGUUAUAUAGCCUUAUGGUACACCACUGAUCAAAAAUAACGCGUAGAGCUCGAUGUCUAUUCGGUCGUCCAGUGAUAGACUAUUGGCCAUGUCUCAGUAAAUGUCCCCCGACAUGUGCAUUUCCCGGCAUUUGAAUAGCUAAACCAAGUGGAAAAUGAUUUUGGUGCGCGGUCGACGAAAAGGAAAACGAACGCGACAAUUGAAGACAACGAUUUCGCGGAAACGAGACGAGAACCGAAGUCGGCCGGUCACACGAGUUUCGUAAAAUGAAGGCGACGUCUACAGUGAAGUCUUGUGUGUAUUAAAAUAUUCGUUGCUCAACAACAACAAACGAGUAACGACACACAUUCGGUAGUCAAGGUCGUUGAUAUAUUUAAAAUCGUUGUCCCCCUUAAAUUUUAACACCGACAAACCGUGCACGUACACCACAAAUUCGACAUCGUCUACAAGGUACACAAAGUCACUACAUACGAUCACAUAAAACACGCGUUAAAAAAACCAUUACGAUAGUCCAUCAGGAAACGAAAUAAUUACAUUAUUAUCGCUUCAUCCAGUGUCGUCUUAUCAAUCCCCUGCCAUUAUCAUUCCAAAGACGUGUGUCCUACCACAACGUCGAACGUACGAACUGUACGACGCGUGCAGAUCAGCAGCAAGUUGUGUUGUAAAUAAGUAACGAAACUCGUGCAAAAAAAAAAAAUAAUAAUAACAACAACAACAACAACAGUCAACAAGAAUAACGUGUCGAACACAAACAAAUAAGUACCUAUUAGGAAAAUGCUCUCGUUUAGUUUUGUUUUUUUUUUUUUUUUUUAACGCAGUAAUUCGCACAAUUUGUUAUUUUUGAAUAUUUAAAAACAGCCGUCACUAUCAAUACGUUUCGCAACAUCUUUGCGGUGCGGUAACGCACCAGCUACAGCAGCUGGUCACAUGGAUCGAUUAGCGUUAUCACCGAGUGUAUUGACAAUACAAGUACACUGAUGUCUGAACAACAAAAGGCUUGACAGCAUAUUGCGAUUUCGAUAUACUCGGCAAAUGCGUUAUGCGACUGGACCAAUUGCACACUAGAUGGACGCAGUGAAUUACGGAAAACCGAGUUUCGUCUGGUAGAAAAGCGCUUUUCCGCGUGCUGGUGUAUUGCCGUCGUGUGUUGUGUGAAAACCUGACCAGUGUGUGUGUGUGUGUGUGUGUGUGUGUGUGUGUGUGUGGCGUUUGCAAAUGACUUAACACAACACAACACACCGAAAUUGGCAUGUCGCUUGAAACCGACGGUUGUCCGCAGCAGAAAGAGUAUGAUUACCUGCUGAAGUUCCUGUUGGUCGGCGACAGUGAUGUUGGAAAACAAGAGAUGCUAGACGAUCUCGAGGACGGAUCGUCCGAUUCGCCCUAUUGUAGCGGAAGUGGUAAAUAUAAUUUUUCAAUCAAAGGUCUAGUGAACCAACAAUAAUAUUAUGUUUAUGGCAGUGAAAUAUUUCAAAUAAUGUGUUUGUAAUGGAUCAUGUCAAUUGUCUUACCAAGUACCGUGGUUCAUCGUAAAACAUGUUUUUCCGUGUAUGUAAUUAUAUUAUUCAAUGCAAUAAAAACUUUAUGUUUAUUUAAAAAGUUCCUAUAAUCUAUUUAUUUCUAUUACCAUUUCCUUGGUUUCCAUCACACCCUUUGAAAACCUGAAAAAGGUCAGGAAAAACCAGUAAUAUUCAAGGAAUGUGUGCCCGUGCAAUUCUGACAUUUCAAUUUCGAACUACAAUCUCGUAUUUUUGUAAAUGUUCGUUAAGUACCAAGAUAUUCAAAAGUUCGAAAUAGCCAGACCAGGAACUAUUAGCCAUUGUGGAAUAAACAUGUAAAAUUAAGGAAAACUAUAGGCGUACAUAUUCAUUUGUUUCUAUUGUGAAAUAUCCAUUCAGAAUGUAAAAUAGCCAACAGAAUAUUCUGACAAUCAAUAUUGUUGAAAAUAAUUUAGAGCAAGUCUAUUAAUUUUAUAUUUAAUUUGGAAUAAAAUCUACAGUAAAAAUCAUAUCACCGGGUUGGAUGUAUACUUUCUAUUUGGUCGGUAUUUCAUAAACUGAGGACAAAUACACAAUUCAUUCGGAUAAUAUUCCUAAUUGAAUCUAAUAGGUACAGACACCGCUUUUCAAAAUAAUUAAAAUCAAUUUGUAUGUGUUUUUAAAUUUGAUUUAAGUGUUACAUUUACUUCCAACAGCGAACAAUAGUCAAUAACAUAUAGUAACAUUCAUAUAAUUCCUAUCACACCUGUAAACACCAAUACAUUAUAUUAUAAUAAAUACCAUAUUGUUAUUGUUAAUAUUUGUACCUCUUACUUGUACAUUUGUAAAAGAUAUUAGGAAAACAUAUGUGUAUUUUUUUUUUUCACAAUCAAAUCUAUAAACAUAAUAUUAUACAUGCAGUGUGGAUGUUUUCAUAUAGACCAAGUAUAGGAAGUUUAAGUGUUCAAUAUUUAUUAAAUAAAUUUGUUCUGUUUACAGCAUACAAAACUACAAUUAUACUAUUGGACGGUAAACGGGUAAAACUGCAAUUGUGGGAUGCAUCAGGUCAAGGGCGUUUAUGUACAAUAAUCAGAUCUUAUUCAAGAGGAGCACAAGGUGUUUUGUUGGUUUAUGACAUAACUAAUAAGUGGUCAUUUGAUGGAUUGGAUAGAUGGUUAAAAGAAGUCGAAGAGGUAUGGAUUCUAUUGUUGAUUUGUUAAAUGGUUAUAAAAAAAUCCAUUCAUACAUUAGUGUAGGUAAUUUAUUGUACUUGAUUGGGAACAUUUAAAAAUAAAUUUACUUAUUCCUUAGUUCUAAAUAAUGUUCUAUCAGUGAAUUAUCAUAAAAUGUUCCCGAUCGAGAACAAUAGAUUAUCUAUUCUACUUAAUAGUUUAUAUGUUAUUUAUUAAUCAAUUAUUUUUAAUUUAAUCAGUUGGUUAACCAUUUAUAAAACAAUUUUAUUCUUAGACAAUGUUAAAUCAUUAUUUAUUACUGUUAUUAGCUGCUCUUAAAUAUCUAGGUACAUAUUGUAAUAACAGCAAUAACAUAAAUUAUAUCUGAUUUGAUAAAAAUUUGAAAGUAUUUUAUUUAAAUAUCUGUUCUAUUAUAUGAGUUAUACACUUGGGUAAAAUAUUUAUUUAAAAUAAUGAACCCUGGGUUUUAAAAUUAUGUCUAAUUCAAAUUGAACUAUCCUGUUUUAAAAUUUAAGACAAUUUGAAUUAUUAAAAUAUUAUAUAUAGGUAGGUACAUUGAAUAUAAAUUAUAAUAAUAUAUACAGUGCGAUCACAAUUGCAUGUACUAUUAAAUAUUUCACCUGGAUGAUCUUGUAUAAAAUGGGUUUAUUUUUUUUUGGAAAUGAAAGGGAGUAUCGAAAUACACAUUUUCAAACAAAUUUAAAUUGUUUAACCCUUUCAGUAUGCGCAUGCGCACUUUUUUUUAAAAUAAUUUUUGCAUUAAAAGUUUUUUUCUAAUUACAAAAUUGACCGAAUUUUAAUCAAAAAUUGUAACUUAUAACAGCUAUAAAUAAUAAAAUAAAUGUCAAAUAUUAUUAUUAUUAUUACUGUUACUCAGUUUAUAUUACUUUUGGUGUGUGAUGUUUUUUUUUUAUUUCAUUAAAUCAAUAACAAGUUUUAAGUUAAAAUUUUGUUAAAAACUAAUUAUACAUAAACUCAAAUUUCGACUUGCUCAAUUUGGUAAAUUUUGUUAUUAAAAAAAAAUCUAUUUAUACAAAAAUUGUUUAAAAAAAAUACUCUAACUGAAUCUGUAUAGAAAACAAUUAGUGUUGUCAUUAUAAAAAAAAAUUAAGUUGCAUUGGGCUUAAGCAUAUCGAAAGGAUUAAAAAAUUUAAAUCUGUCUGAAAAUUGUGAUCACACUGUAUAUUAAAUACUGAUAUACAGUAUAAUUAUUGAAUAUGAUAAACUAUAUUUUUAAUAUUUUACGCAAAGAUAAAACAAUAGUGUACAAACAAUUUACAAUUGUUCAAUUAAUUAUCUAAAUAGGUAGCGUACAGACAUUAACGGUAUUAACUAUGAUUAAAAAUUCUAUAAGACUCGCCCAUUAUUGGAAUUUUGUUCUUACACGUUCAGCAUUAUUAUAUUAUUAAUGACUACUGAAUAGUAUAAUUUACUAUGGUAUAAUGAACUAAUUUAUUUUUAGCAAUAUUAGAUACAUAAUUAAAAUAAAUUAAAAAUCUCCAUGUACAAUUCAUAUAUUGAACAUUAAAAAAUGUGUUAUUAUGUUGCGUAUCAAGAACUUAUUUAAAUAACAUUAUUCAAUUUUACCAAUAUAAUUUUACAUUACCUGUUGAUUUAUUUAUUUAAAUAGCAUGCACCGGGAGUUCCAAAGGUCUUGGUUGGUAAUCGUUUGCAUUUGGCAUUUAAAAGACAAGUUAGUGUUAAAGAAGCAGAAUCUUAUGCCUCAAAACACCAUAUGACUUUAUUUGAAGUCAGUCCACUGUGCGACUUCAAUAUCAGAGAAAGUUUUAGUGAAUUAGCAAGGCGAGCAUUACAUAGAAACGGAAUGGAAAGACUUUUGAGAUCGAACAAAGGUAUAUCUUAUUCAGUUUUUCAAAAUAGUAAUUUUAUAUGUAACAAAUAUUGUUAUAUUUUUUCAGUAUUGAGCCUCCAAGAGUUGUGUUGUCGUGCUAUUGUAGCCCGAACCACACAAUAUGGUAUAAACCAGUUGCCUUUACCGAUGACAAUUAAAUCACACCUAAAGUCAUACGCAUUGACUAGCUUCUCCACCUUAUCUAUGUCAUUACCACGGAAUGCUUCAGCAUCCAAAAAAAUUAAACUGCCCUCCAACAACACAGGUGUAUCGCGGUUGCAUGGCCACCAGGCACAUUCGGUAUCACAACACCAUAAUUUGAAAAAUACACCAUUGAACUUUUCUACAUCAUACAUUACGAGAAACUCAUGUACAAUAUCAUGACUUGAAUCACAUUACAUUAAUAAUAUGCCCACUGAUUUGAAUUUAUAUUUAAUUUAUUAAAAUAUUUAGUAGUAGUAUCAUUUUAACAAUGCUUUUCAUUUUUCUCUUUUUUUUUUUUUCGUCUUUGUUAAAACUACAUUUUUCAUUCAAAAACAUGUAAACUUUUACUUAUAUUAUCAAAAUAAUUUGUUUACAUUGUUUUGUAUUAUACCUACUUGAUUUAUAAUUCAAAAGCAAUAAUUGAAAUUUGUGUGGUUGUUCCAACAUCUCGUUUGUUAGAGAUGUUUAAUUAACGGAUGACUGUAUUAGUAGACUUAUGUAAAUAACAAAGUUAUGUAACUCACUUUUUUUUUUUUUUUAGUCAUUUUAUUUUUGCAUUUGUGAAUUCUAACUAUUUUAUUUUCUUUUGUAACUGUUUUAAAUAAUUUUGUAUUAUUAUUUUUUUAUUAUUAUUAUUUUAUUUUAUUUUUUUUUUUUUUUAUUGUUUUUGAAAAAUUAUGAUAAAAAUUAUUUUAAUACUUUUAACAUUGAUAAAUAAACGUUAAAGUCACCAUUCCUAUUCAUAAAUUAUUCAAAAUAUUUUCAUAUUUGCCUACAUUAAAAUACAAACAAUAUUUUUUUGUUUAAAAAUUAUAAAUAAGAAUUAUUCAAAUUAUAC